AUGGUGUUGUCGGCUGGCCCUACCAGGCCAUCCUUUCUCCCUGGUGCUCCUAGACAGGUCAUCAGCCAUCGCCCGAGCCGCAAAACCGCGGCCAGCGGGACGAGCCUCGGGGCUGAGCAUUUGCCAAGCGCUCUUGCGGGCGUGUUGUUGGCAAGGUUGUCCUGCCGCUUCGUCCAAGGCCGCCCGGGUGCAUCCGCCUCCAACGCCUCGCGCUCGAAGAUGUGCCGCCUAGCUGCAGGGUCCACUGACUGGCAACACGUGCGGGAGGACUUCCCCGCGUUGCAGCAGGAGGUAAAGCCUGGUAUUCCCUUGGUCUACUUGGACAAUGCGGCCACAUCUCAGAAGCCGCGUGCUGUGCUGGAGGAAUUGAGCCGCUUCUAUGGCCAAGACAACAGCAAUGUCCACCGGGGGAUGCACACCCUGUCGAUGCGCUCCACUGAAGCCUUUGAGAACGCCCGGAAGACAGUCGCGCACUUCGUCAACGCACCCGAUGAGCAUGAGAUCAUCUUCACACGGAACGCCACAGAGGCCAUCAACCUGGUGGCGAAGACCUGGGCCGAAGCCAACAUCGGGUCGGGAGACGAGAUCGUGUUGACGGUCAUGGAGCAUCAUUCCAACCUGGUGCCAUGGCAACUUCUCGCUGAGAAGACCGGCGCGAAAUUGAAGUUUGGCCGUUUGAGAAGCAACGGGACCUUGGAUGUGGAACACUUCGAGAGCCUUAUCACGGAGAAGACCAAAUUGGUGUCGUUGUGCCACGUCUCCAACGUCUUGGGCUGCGUGAACCCCAUCAAGCGAGUGGCCGAAAAAAUGCCAUGA